GUGACGUUGAAGGCUUUGCAGUCGGAAUAGCGCCACGGGUGAACACACGAGCGAACAGGGAGCGAACAAUUUUCCCAACAAAACGCGCCCCGGAAAAUAGCCCACGAAAAAAAAGUACCCGUAACCGAUUCGUCAUCUGUUUUUCCCCGAACGUUUUCUUUUUUUCUGUGUUUUGUGAUUCUAUUGUGUUUGAUAAGGAGAAGGAUUUUCCACUACGAAGGUGCGAAUCGUGCCGUGCCGUGUGAGUUGAGGUGGAAAAAUCGUCCAUUUGCAGCAACGGCUACGGAUUCACAGCAGCAACGGGCGUACUAGUGUUGUGUGUGUUUGCAGAAUAAUUCCAGUGUUUACCACCCGUGUGCGAUAGUCGUGUGUGUGUGUGCGCAGUGCUUCAAGAUGUGGUGCAAACCACAUUUUAUGGGGCGAUAGCGAGGUGCCAUCGUUGGCUUCACUCCCAGUUGACACGAAAGCCGUCGCUCCACCGACAAACGUCAACAAGGUGUCGUAUUGACGACGGCAGUGCCGAUAGUGCGCGCUCGUACCACCACGGUAGGGUGUCGAAUACAUCAAAGCAGCCGCCGAUUAUUAGCAACCCCCUGUCUGUACUACACUUCUAUUUGCACCUGUAGUGGAGAGCACUGAAACCGUACUGGUGGUGUUGGUGGAUUGAUUUUCUCGGCCGUCCCCUGUCGCUACUGCCCGUACACCCACAGAGCGCCUUAUUCCUUUCCAGACCGGAGCAACAGCAAAAAAAAAGCCGUUAAGCAAGGGUGCGAACAAAGGCGCAACCCUGCACCUGAGAGGAGUUGAAGCGUAAACCCGUCGCUAAACGGAGCAAGCGAGCUUAGGCAAACAUAAAACACCCUCAACCGUGAAUUGGCACGCGAAACACACACGCACACACUGGGCGAAGGAGGACCCCGCACGCCAUUACCGUCGCACAACAAAGAGGGACGGGAACAUCGAACCAUUCGCGCUAGCCAGCCCAACCAAGCACAAGCUGAAAAAAGCCUUCAAGGUGGAAGGAUUCGCACGGGAGCGGAACGCACAACAAUGCCACAGCGAAAGGCGGCGGCGGAAAGACCGAGUGCGGUGCGACGUACGACGACGACCCUAUAGCGGGACCCGGUGGACGCCGGGCAAGUGAACACUUCCACCAGCGGGACCUACCCGAUGGAGGACGGUGCUGAGUACGGCCAUGCCGGCAUCCAACAUCACAUGCCCACAUCCUCCCCCCAUCCACAGCUAUCCAAGGAGCUGACGCACCAUCACAACCAAUCCCAGCAGCAGCAGCAGCAGCAAUCGCACCAUCGUAACCAUGCACACCAAUCGCAGCAGUCACAUCAUGCGAAGCUCCUCCAACAACAGCAACAGCACCAGCCCCAACCUUCGCAACCGCAUCAUCUGUCGAGCGUUCCGGCAUGGUACGCAGGAUCCUCCGGUGGGACGCUUCGUUCGGCAAGUUCCGGCCGGCGGGCAUCGUACGGCCACAGUCAGUACGGAUCGCAGCAGCAGCAGCAACAGCAACAGCCACAACAACAGCCACCCCUUACCUUACCCCCCUCGGCUGUCAAUUAUCACGACAUGGCCGACACCAUUUCGAUCGGCAGUGGACACUCGGCCCAUCGCAGCUACAUCGAACAACACCCAAUACAAUCGCAAGCGCAGCAACAGCAACAACAGCAUCUUCGGGGAGGAGUCGCCGGCGGGUUGCUGAUCGACCGGCACGGCACCACCACCACCAGCACGGACCGGUUCGGUGCGCUAGAUGAUCCACUCAGUACGAGCUGCCUGCAGCCUCCGUCACCGGCACCGAGUAAUGACCACUACGUGAUGGGACUGCCAGCACCGGGCCCGGCACCGGUCAGCCAUCACUACACCGACAGCCGGCACUAUGGCACGAUUCAGCGACGGACGGCGAGCCCCUCGAACAUCAGAUAUCGGCACAGCUUGACGGAGAACUAUCGGGACAUUUCACCGCAGUGCGACCGGUACAUACCGCCACCGGCACAUUUUCUCGGCGCCGACACGUACGGCUACCUCGGCUCGAACGUUCACACGCCGAUCAAGCGUUACGUGCCGACACCGCCACCCCAGGAACCACCCUAUCCACCGCUGGGAGGUGCCGGUUCUGCCAACGCAAAGACCCAAGCUCUCAUGAGUGCUCUGCUCGGACAUCAGGGACAGCAGCGGGCCGGUCCCUCCUCGUCCCAUGCUCACCAUCCGCAUCAGUACGCGUACGCUACCAGCACACUUCCGUACGGAUUUCGCGUCAAGAGUGGUCAGGGUGGCGCGAGCGGUGCUAGCGGUGGUGGGAACGGAAGCAGCAUCAACGUUACCACCGAUCCCACCACCAUAUCGCCUCCGAAGGGUUUCGAAACGCCCGACCACCUUUACGGCAGCAUUAGCAACAGCACCACAGGCAGCAUUGCCGCCAGCAACAGCAGCAUCAAUACACCGCCAGCCCGUGUUCGACCCCCCAAGUGCCCGUCGUCUUCCCUCGGCAGCGGGGGCCCGCCGCACAACACUUCCACCCUGCCCCACGCUACGUCCCACCACACCGCCAGUGGACAUGUGUCGCGUAGCAGUAGUCGCCACUCCACGCAAGGAUCGUCCGGCACGAACGGUACCGGCAACAGUGUCAGCAGCAGCAGCAGCACCAACAAUAGCUACCGAAUGUCACGGACGUCGAGUGCUGAGUUCUUGGACCAGCCACGAGGUAGCUACCGUGUAUCGACACCGGUGAGUGUGAUGAGUGAACCGAACGGUGGAUCGGCUGGUGGCAGUGCGUCCUGUCUGCACUGUAACACACUCCGGCGGACGACCGGUGUACAUCAGACAACGCAAACGACGGGACCGAUCAGUCCGCAACCGAUUGGACCGUCCGACGCGAACAGUUGCCAUUCGGUGCCGGCCAGUCCCGCAUCACUCACCUCACCGCAGCAGCUGACGGGCGCCAGUAUGACGUUGGUUUCUGUAGGACCGGCUGCUUCACCUCACCCCCAGCAACCACAGCACCAUCUGGUGUCGUCGCAGUAUAGUCAGGCACAGCAAAAUCAACCCUCCUCACUGCACAUUCCAUCAGUUCAAGGCAUUGCAACAGCACAAUCACAGCACUCGCAGACGUACGAUAACCUGAAUGAUGGCACUGGAACACUUGACCGCGACAGCGGCGCCACGAUUCCCCGGAAUGCUAGCAAGCAUCAGUUUGUACAGUCGAAUCGUAACGAGACGCCCUCGAUGGAGAACCUGCUCAGUGCCAGUAGUAGUCGAUCGUUGUUGAUACAGCAACAGCAGCAGCAGCAGCAGCAGCAAUACAAUUCCCAAGCGGGUGCGUCUUCAAGCCAACAGCAACAGCCACAGCCGACGAGUGCGACGGCCACACCGGUACCACUAGCACAACCAUCCACAGCACAACAAUCAAUACCACCGCAACAGCAACUGACCAGUCCACAGCAACAGAACGUCCCAGCAGAGCAGCUUCAGUCCCAGCAGCAGCAGCCACAGCAACAACAGCAAGCACAGCCAACACCCUCACCGCAACAGAUAAUGCCACAACCACCGAUCAUAAUGCCCUCCCAGCAAGUGAUAUCCUCACCCGCCAUCGUACCCUAUGCCAUGCCGGCCCACACCCUCCAGGCUCACGCCGGGCACGGAGGAUCGCUGAACGAUUCGCCGGCUUCCACGCUCCAGCGCAGCAGUAACGCUCAGCUGCUUCGCAUCCCUCAGUCGAACCUGUCCUGCAAGCAGCGCGUCAAGGAGUACUUAAGACGCGAGACGGCCAAAUUCUUCGGCGUACCGAUCCAGGACGAAGAGUACGAGCGUACGAAGUGGGAUGAUCGACAGCGUCGCUUCGCCUGCCGACGAUUUGGUUCGCUGCGUGACGACUACGACCGUGACGGCGGGCAUGCCAUUCACGGUAAUGGGCCGGGCAUGCAUCACCACCAUCAUCAUCACCAUGCGAACGAACACCAUCAUGGGCAUGGGCCGAACCAUGGUCAGGCGGCAUCACUGCCGCCCUCCGAUCGGCCAGACAUUCUCCCGGCCCAGAGCCAGGACGAGCGGGAAACGGAGCUGAGUAGACGGCAGCGUGCCAACCCACACUACGCCUCUGCCCAGGACCAGCAGGGCGAUGUGUACUUGAUACGCGCCGAACGAAAACCAUCCGUACCGGCCGUCAUCUGCAGUGGGCUUAACUUCAUCGUGCAAAGCAUCACCCGACGGCGGCUCCGCACGCACAAACAGUGGUCGCGAAGCUUUGCACCGGCACACGUGGAGCUUACCGGGUUGGACGGUUCGGAUGGUUCGGAGGUGCACUGUGAUGGACUCGCUCCCAUACAGGACGGGGAGGCAUUCUUCGACACACCGACGGCGGUAGGACCGGGCGGGAUUGGACAGCCAGAGCGAAUCCAGCAUGGUGGGCUGAUGGCGCACGACAACUCCCGCCAGCUGUUUGUAUCGGAUGGCGAUCGUGCCACUGGCAGUGGGAUAAUAAAUGGCUGGAGAACCAAGUCAGCGGAACUCCACCACCAGCAGCAACAACAGCAGCAGCAACAGGCUGCCCAAGCUGGUCAGCAAGGACAAGCAGCAGUACUGCAGCAGCAGCAGCAGCAGAACCCGGACCAGGCGGGUCUCCCAGCCAGCACUGGCAUCUACGGACAACGAAUCUCAUCGCACAUCUUGGACGGUGUGUUGGACAACUCUUUGCGGCCCGUCCGAAAUCGGGUAAAGUUGUUGCGACCGAAUCUACUCGACGAACGGUACGAUUACCGGCCAUUCUUUACCUACUGGAUCAACACAGUGCAGAUUGUGGUGAUGAUCCUAUCGCUCAUCUGUUACGGGUUCGGACCGGUCGGGUUGGGCAUGGAGUACCGUUCGGCACAAGUUCUCGUGACCAGUUUAAGCUUGCAACAGGUACAUCAUCAAGAGCCACGCAACAUAUGGAUCGGUUUGCGAAGUGCCGACCUGAUACAUCUGGGCGCCAAGUACGGAGCUUGCAUGAGACGAGAUACAAAGAUUCUGGACGUGGUGUCCCGGACGCGUAAGCACGAGCGGGAAACGGCUUGCUGCAUACGGAACGACGAUUCUGGCUGUGUACAGAGCUCCCAGGCGGACUGCUCCAUUCGUGGUUGGCCAUCGAAAACGAUCGCCACAUGGAAAAAGUGGUCCCCCGGAGAGUCGGGCCCUGGAGGCCGAAUCUCGGGCAGUGUCUGUGGGCUCGAUCCAAAGUACUGCGAUGCACCGGCGUCCAUCGCACCGCACGAGUGGCCGGACGACAUCACCAAGUGGCCUAUCUGUCGGAAGAACAACCAACUGUCCCAGCGGUUCCGCUUCAAGGACCACACGGCAGAGCAUAUGGUGUGCGAGGUGAUCGGACAUCCGUGCUGCAUCGGUGUGUACGGCGAGUGUCGCAUCACGACCAGAGAAUACUGUGAUUUCGUACACGGGUACUUUCACGAGGAGGCGUCCCUGUGUUCCCAGGUCUCGUGCUUGAACGAUGUGUGUGGCAUGUUUCACUUCAUUGCCGUCGACUACCCGGACCAGUUCUAUCGUCUCUUUACGUCGCUGCUGCUGCACGCCGGACUGAUCCAUCUGAUCAUCAGCGUUGCCUUCCAGCAUCUGCUGCUGUCCGAUCUGGAACGUCUGAUAGGACCACUGCGGACAGCCAUCCUGUACAUUGGGUCGGGUAUUGCCGGCAAUCUGACGAGUGCUAUAUUUGUGCCGUACAAGGCGGAGGUUGGACCUCUGCCCUCGAUUGCGGGCGUGCUGGCGUCACUGAUGCUACAGCUCGUACUGUGCCACUGGAAGAGCUUGAAGAAACCACACAUAGCUAUGAUCAAAUUGCUUAUCCUCGGCUGCACCCUGUUCGGGCUGGGGACACUGCCACUGCAGCAGAACUUUACCGGGCUGAUUGCGGGCCUGCUCACCGGUAUAGCCCUCACGCUAGCAUUUGUACCAUUUGUGAACGUAACGAAACAUAGCCGUAAGAGUAAGAUCAACCUCAUCUGGACGUGCGUGACGCUACAGUUUGUUCUGUACGCCAUCAUGUUCAUCAUAUUCUACGCCUUCCCGACGCUGUUCGAGUCGCUUAACUUCAUCGACGGCAAUCAGCUGAUGGAUCCGAACGCCGGCCAUGGCUAUCACGACCACUACAGCUUGUACGAUGGCUACAACAACUACAACCCGCUCGGUGGUUCCGGUGGCCACACGUCUGGUGGCAGUGGGGGACAUAACCACGGGCAUGGAUCCGGUGGUGGGCCUGGCGGCGGCGGCGGCAUCAGCAAUGGUGGCAAUGGAGCAGGAACGGGCGGUGGAAAUCACAUCAUCGGCACGUACAACAACAAUUACAAAUCUUCCGGUGGUGGUGGUGGCGGUGGCAAUGUCAUGCACAAUCAUCACGACUACGGUGGCGGUGGGAACGUAAUGCCCGGUGGCUCCAAUCGGAACGGUGCCGUUGGUGGCGGCCGGAUGUCGACCGGCAACAAUCUGCUAAAGACGAUAAGCCUGUGCGAAAAGGGACAGUGCGUGCUGAGGCAGCCGCGCCAGGCGGACACGAAUGCAUGACGGCGAUGUUUUCUGCUAUUCACCGCACUCGAGCUAUGCUUCGUCCUGUUUGUCCUGCUCGUGCUGUACGAUGUGGACGACUUUCAGAUUGUGUAUCAGUUCGUACUGCAUUGAUUUUGCAAUCGUUAGAUAAUCGUGUUAGACGUACAGGACAUUGUAUCCCAGUAACUCAUUGUGAUCCAGGCAUGUUAUCGAGGGAAGGGAGAGAGAGAGAGCGAACGUGGGAGAAAGUUUCCAAAUUUUCCCUGUUUAGCAAAGCGAGUUGGUCCAUUUUGUGUGAAAGGACAUCACAAAAGCAACCCCACAUUGUUAUUAAUCGCAAUUGUGCAAUUUCACUGCGACGAAAGUUCAACCCUCGUUUCCCCCGUGCGUAUCCGGAAGAUAAAAAAAAAAGCGGACGCGACAAAACGGGCGAACGAUCGAAAACGAUGUGCAAUUUAAAUACGAAUUAAGCGGAAUUGUGAAUCAUGACCAAGGCAACGUAAAAAAGCAGAGCUAGAGACCAUACCCUCAUACAAUCAAUGCCACCACCCAUUUCAUCGUACCAUUCUUAUCCAAUUGCGUAGUAUCAAUUAUCGCUCUUAUCAUACAUCGUACAUCAUCGCAUCGCACUACCAUUAAUCUACCACCAUGAGUACUUUAAGUAAUCAGCAGCAUAGCUAAAAUCAAAACAAGGGUAUAAACAUACAAACCACUUACUCAACCACCACGCUAGUAUUCUUAUCCUUACGCUCGACCCGCUCACCCGUGGAUUGGCAGGAGGAGGGCUCGAGUUGCGUUUAGAUUUUGUACCCCUCGGCCCAAACGAGCUAGAGUGUUGUUUAGUGAGCUCGAGAUGUCCUGGUGUCGCAUCGGAAAGGAAAAGCUUUAGUUAUAAAUCUGUUUUGAGUCUCCAGUUUUACUCCUGUUGUUGUCGUCUUCACAAUCAUCGAUCACCAAAUGUGUUACUAAACUUACCAUUGUUAAAUGACACGCUUAUGUUACAACAUAUCCUUUCUUUCUUCACCCAUCCCCGUCUAUCCACAGCCAUCCUGGCUCCGUUGGCGGAAGACGCAAGCGACAAAUAUUGGCGCUGCUCGUGUGGCAAAAUUCGUAGAACAAGCAAAUGAGAAAGAGAUGAAAAAACAACAACAAAAAAAAGAUAAAUUGUAGCAUUUAUUAAGGAAGAAGCAUGGUGAAUAACGAACAUGUACACACAAAAACACGCGCGGCACAACGCAAUGUGUGGUGUGUGUGGGACGGUUUAUUCAUCUCGAAGUGCACGGGCGGAACCACGCCGUAGUUCAGUGGUGAAAAGGUCAGUUUUUGAGAAAAAUAAAAGCUAUAAGAUGAAAGCAACCCGUAAUCUAGUAAUAACACAUUAGAAACAUUAUCUAACAGAGGAAUAAAAUGCAACCGAGCUAGCAGAAAGCGGGAAUAGAGAAAUACGAAAACAGAGCUAAACACAUAAGAAGACAACAGUUGAUAACACAAUACAGAAAUUGAAGAGAACACACAUACACAAACAGUUACAAACGAAACAAAACCACUCACACAUACACACACGGUCUAGGCAACGUAAUGUAAUAACUCUAGAUAAGCGAUACCCAAAUCUUAGAAUUGUCCCUCAGUUAGUGAAAAUGAAAGAAAUUAACGAUGAAGCAAAAAGGGGAAAACACACACACAACAGGAAACCGAAAAUAAUAAUUAACAAAGGAAACAAAAAAACAAACCACAGCUAAGUAAAAUAAUUGAUAAACAAAGCAAACACACAUCUUACACACUUAUCCGCGAACGGACGAUAGAAAAUGGAAUAGCCGGAACACAGGAGAUUUUUUGGUCUGAGGAUAAACGUCUGAGGGCGAAAGAGAGCGAGAGAGAGAGAGAGAAAAUACAAACAUUUGCACCCAAAGAACUCUAGAACUUAUCAAUAAACUUUAGAGUAAGAGUGGAUAAAUAGGAACACAUUCGUUAAAGAAGGAAGCAGCGGCAGAAAGAAGCAUGGAUACUACUGGCACUGGAAGCCUGUCCGGAAGGCUUAGGAUGAAAACGAAGGGUACGAGCGUGCACACAAACACAAACACAAACCGUGGGGAGUUGUGUAUGUAGCGGCAAACGGGAGUGGUGAAGUAAUACCCCGGGGAACGAACGGAAACAAGAACAAAAUCUUAUGUAAGUAAAUUCUAAUAAUAAAACCUCUAUUUCGAUUUAAAAAAAUAAU